GUGCGUGCACUUUCUUUCAGUCAUUGCUUCGCUCUUACUUUGGUUACAUUUACCUGUUCCCUUAUUUAACUUUAGUACAACGUUUGUUUUCAAUUUAGUUGCUGUUAAACUAACGAAACGUGUGCAACUACCUCGCAAAGACAAUUUCUAUUUACUAUAAGUGGCGCCAAAAUUUUAAUUAGAAUUAAUAAAUAUAUGCAAUAUUUUUGAAUAACGCUCUUAUGAUAUAUGUGCUGCCACCCCCUGGUCCCAUAGAAUCCCCCCAUAAGCAUCGAGUGCUCCAACAACAGUGCGUGGCAAUAACUCAUGGCCGCUAGCAAACUUUCAACAGCAACGUUAACAACGAGCCUCAAGCACACAACACCAUUCGAUGGCAUUUGUGCGAAAAUCUCAGCGUUCUAUUUUGACUUAGAUAACACGCUUAUCCCAACGCGGGCCGGUGACUCCAAAGCCAUACGCAAGCUUGCCGACGUGCUGGAAACGCAGUAUAGCUUUACCAAAGACGAUGCCAACCUGGCCACACAGAACUUUUUAAAGUCGUUUCGUCGCUGUCCGGACAACUCGCAGACAUCGCUGGACUCGUGGCGGACGCAUCUGUGGCGCGAGUCACUGCAGCAGAAGCACAAGCAUCUUGCCGAGCAGAUCUAUCCGCAGUGGCUAAAGCUGCGCUACCGUUAUUUGGCCGUGCCGCCGGACUAUGUGCAGCUAUUGCAGCGUAUGCGACGCGCCGGCUAUGCUUUGGCGCUCAUCACAAACGGCCCGUCGAACGCACAGUGGGAGAAGGUCGCCAAAUUGCAUGUGCGCGGCUAUUUUGAUUGUGUGCUCGUCUCCUCGGAUCUGCCCUGGGAGAAGCCGCAUCGGGAGAUAUUCUAUGCGGCGUGCAAUUUUCUACGCGUCAAACCGCACGAGUGCGCCAUGAUUGGCGAUAAACUCGAGACGGAUAUCAAGGGCGGACACCUCGCCCAGCUGGGUCUGACGUUCUGGAUGCCGCUGAACAGCAGCAGCAGCGCCUCACAGUGCCUGGACGAUGUCGAAUACAAGCCGCAUAUAAAGCUCAACAAUCUGCUCGAGCUAUACAAAUAUUUUCCGCGCCUGAAUGUCACUGCGCCGGCUCCGCCCAGCACAACGAAUCGCCGGAGCAGCCAUAUGCCCAUCACCUUAAGCGGCGGCGGCAACGUCAGCAGCAGCGGCAGCGGCACCAGCGUCAGCAGCACUGAGACUGAGCGAGCGGCUGCAGUGCGUCAGCAGCAGAACUAUGCGGAGGAUGCCUAUCAGCGCCAGUGGGCGUAUAGGCGUGGCGGCUCACUGCCGGCCAUGGAUUGCUCCAAUAGCGAGACGGAGAACAGCUGCGAUAGUUUUAUUUAGGCAAUCCAGCUGACCACUUUUGGAUUUGUUCAGAAUCGACUCCAAAGGGGCCACGCCCAGCAAGACGUGUGCCAUUUGUUAAACAAGAUGGAAGCGAAAGAUGAGGAGUAGCAAGCGAAUGGAAUGUGCAAGAAAAGCAAACGAAAUAAUGAUGUACCUUCAGUUUACAAAACCCAAACACACGCACACACAAACAAACAAACAAACAAACGCACCCUGGAAGGAAUCACCCACCCACAGACACACACACACCCACACACACACACACACCCAUACACUCACACACACAUACCACUAAGCUUAACAUACGCAGGAAUCUAAAGUUCAAAAAAA